GAUACUUAAAUGAAUGGAUUAAAGACAGUCAGAACCUGGGCCACUAGGUGUUCCUUGGUGCAGACUCUAAGUUCUUGGAUGCUGUUGCUGAUCCAGAGCUCAGCCCACUCUCCCAAGACAAGUGGAACCUAUGGAUGCAAUGCUAAGCAUCAGAAAAGGAAAAAGUAGAUCCAUCCACAGGACUAAGAACAGACCUUAACCUUUCAUUUGACCGUCCUCUUCCCAAGUCCCUGCUUCCUGCUCUUACUGGUGAUCAUAUCCUUAUGUGUAUUGACCAUGGCUUCACCAGAGUUGCAGAAAAUCUAAUAAUGAAGGUUGUCCGGACAUGUCUUGAUCUGGAGUCAAGGUUGGUAUAUUAGUUAACAUGUGCUGUUUGGGUAGUCUGCGUUCAUGAUUGAAACCUUAAAAAAUUUUCGAUCGACUGUAGAUCAUGUUCAUUUGUAUACGCUGUGUUGUCUCACAUGUCCCUGCUUUUAAAUAUUGAAAAUUAUUAUUGUCACCUUUUUCUAUAGGUAUGGUAGAGAGCGAAGGAAUGCUGCAUUGGCACAUCUUACUGCUAACAUAAAUGCAAGCGAUGUCAGAGGAGGUCAUUUUGAACUUGCAAUUGAUCCAAAAGGUCACCUAGGUGACCUCAGCCUCAAUAAGUCCCAAGCCUACACCAUCCUAGCUCCCUCAGAGGACUUCAAAGACAAACAUUACAAUCACAUCUUGGAUAAUGUAAGUUCUGGUGUUUACUUGAAUCAUCAAACCUGACCAGUUAAGUUAUGCAGUUAUAACAAGUAACAUAAUUACUACAAAACACAUGCUGUACAUGUACAUGUAUACCCUUAGUGAUUACUUAAAAUAGUUUUCCAAUUAUAUCUCUCAGUGAUGAAGCUCCUGUAUUAUAUUCAUAGGUUCUUCCAAGUUGUGAACUACAGCAGAUGUUGUCCCCAAAGCUCGCUGAGGCCCUUGGAAUGACAUCACAAAAGAUUAACGACAUUAACUGUGUGAAGUUUAUUUGGUGGCAUUUCUAUCAGAUGUAUAGGAUACUGAGGAAAGAUACAGCUCAACUAAAGCCAGGGCAUCCAAGUAGUUCAACAAAUGUUCAAGACUAUGAAUUUGGAUUACACGACUCUGAAAUUUCCAGAUAUGUUUACCAUGCCAAUAUGUUCCAUGCUUUGAUGAUCUUCCGUUAUGGCUACAAAGAAGUAACUCCCUAUAUGAUGAAAUUUGUGGAUGUUGUCCCAAAACAUCUCUGCAGCACCCCAUUCAAGUCACUCAUGCGUGUAGCAACUGAGGGUGGAGAACGGACUCAUUACAUGCAUAUUUGUUUUUAUUAUCAGGUAUGUAAAACCAACAUUUACAAAUGACUGCUUGUAUUGACAAGUGUAGGGUCUAGUUCCUUACUAUCAUAUUCUUGACAAAAUCUUUCUCUUUGCUUCCAGCAUUCAACACGAGAUGGUGGCCUUCACAAGCCUGACACAAUUCUUAUGCUGUUGUCUUGAUCAUACCGAAACUUGAAGGAGAGAAUAAAUGACUGCCCUGAACAGAUUAGGACUGACUUUGAGCAUUAUGCACAACAACAUGUUGCAGCAUAUACAAUUCAGAAGUGGUAGGUGUCUAUAAUAAGAUAAAAACACCAUCAAAUUUUCUAUAUUUAAUUACUUUCAUAGUUAAAACCAAUUUUCCCUAACUCAAAGUCAAACCACAAUUACAAAGUUACAGUAUAUAUAUAUAUUUUUUUAAUUACAGGUGGAAGAUUGUCCAUACCAGACCAAAUCCUCCGUUGGCUGUGUCUGGUGCAUAGUGUAGUAAUUGAAAUGUAUGCAAUUAUUUGUCUCAAUUAGAUUUCGUCUUUCUUUUGCGUUUAUCAUAAACAGGGCACACAACAUUGAAAAGUCGGAAAGAUAUGAUAAAAAACCUCACUAGGACGCGUCAUUUGCCAGGUUAUCUUAGCGUGUCGUUUUAAAAGCGGUCACAUGAGAGUGGGAAUGACUUCGAAUGAUGUUGAAAAUGAUUAAAGUAUGUUGUAUGUGUAAGCAAGUUUAUAAUGCAUUGGAAAUUGGGAAAUUGUAUCAAUAAUCACAUUAAGACAAUUUAAAUUCUUCUUUCUUUUGCAACGUUUCUUCUGAGCCGUCCAACAGAAGCGGUGUUGGAAUUCGAAUGAUGCC